AUGGAGCCUGGAACGACGCUGGUCAACUGGCAGCAGGCCUUUGAAGGGUAUCGCAUCCCACAAACUCGGGCAAUUGAGAAGCAACUGCGAUCAAGCGCAGCGCAAAACAAAGAGAAGCUCAGGACGCUUGUUGGUGGCAGCUAUCGUGAGCUUCUCGCGACCGCCCAGGCCAUUGUUGUCCUGGAUGAGCAAACAAGGUCCGCAGAGGAUCACCUGUCAUCCAUUGGUCACAAUUGCAGACCGCCUCAGCUAGAUGCGAAUCUCAGACCACCGCCAGCCGACCGAGUGGCCCUCGCGCAAUAUCGGCUCUUACAACGAUGCUGCACGACCAUAGCGUUGUGUCUACGAGACGACAAAUUGCUACUGUCUGCACGAUUGAUGGUCGUGUCGAGGCUCCUGUUGAAAUCCCUUAAUGAUCAAGAGGCCACCGCAAAAUGCCUUGACUUUCUGCGUGGCAGGCUCACUAGCCUACGGCGGCAACUUCUGCUUCGCGUGGAUUCCAAGCUGAAUAAUCCCACGUCGAAAUUGCCAGCUCUGCUGGAGUCAAUCUGCUCUUACUGCCUGGUUACGAGUAGCUCCGCGGACGAUGCCCUCGCUCACCUCCGUCAUCUUAGACUCGAGAAGAUCCGCCGACGACUCACAGCUUCGAGACAGCCGUCGGCAAUCUGUGAGGCUCUUCGUUAUCAGUUAUCAUCCUUGCAAUCCUUCAGGAGCCUCAUUGGACUUCCCAUAAUUGAGGCGAUGAACGAGCUGCAGAGAAGGCCUAUUUUGGCGGAUCCGAGUAUUCGAAACCUUGAAACCCUCGACUUUGACCGGAUUGCGUUGCUGAUCCCGGAUGAUAUUCGAUCAUUCGCCCCCUACUUCAGGAGAAGUGCGCCAACGUCAGAAGAGUUGCAAUCUAAAUUUGAAAGCUGGUCGCAAGAUGCUUGUCGGGCGCUCUCCGAGGCUCUACGCCAAUAUCUCUCAGAAAUGAGCCACGUAAGCGAGGUGCUCGAGUUGCGGAAACGGCUAUACACCCUUCUCCUACCCUCUUAUUUUUCAACACCGGCGGGGUCCUAUCUCAAAGAACAGAUGGCGCAGGCAAUCAACGAGAAAGUCAGCGUCGUUUGUCGAAUGCAAGGGGCACAGUUAGACAAGAGCACGGACUUACUACUUCAAAAAGAAACACGUGGCGAGCCGGCCCUGCUGUUGUGGGACGAGGAGAUAGCGCUAGCAGGUCUGGACGCUGGGGGCAACACACUUAUCAGGCAAGUCCGAAAGCGCCAUGCUGGCCACAAUGGGGCUCUAUCGAAAGCCUCGAGGACUUUGACUCGAUGGUUAUCUACGGCAAACGCGACUCUCAAUCAGCUGGAUGCGGUCUCGGACACAAGGUGGCGAGACAUCCUUGAGGAGCCUGACGAGGACGAUGAAGUUGAGGCCGCCGAUCUGAUCACAGAGCUCGGAGAGACAGAUCCGAAACUCUACAAGGAAACUUUAGCGGUGUCGCUGCGAGAAGCUGUUCUCAGGCACGAGUCGCGCAUUGCAGAGGCUGCUGCUCGAAUCUUGAAUGAAAAGAGUGAUAUAUCCUACAUCGUGGCCUCCUUGCGCUCAAUUCGACUUUCGAUAUCAUCUCUGAAGCACGUCUCACCAGAACAUUUCAAGUUUGACAGGUUCCGAGACAUCGUUCCGAGGUUGCAGCAAACGCUUGCCAAUGAGGUAGCAGAACAGCUAUCGUGGAGGUUACGAAGUGGCGACAGAGCUGGAAAAUGGGACACAACCUUCCUUCCAGACAACAUGCCUUCGCCUCGAGCCUUUUCGACCUUGCGUCAUCUGUGCAGGAUAAUGUUGGAUCUCGGCGGCACAGACCUGUGGUCCCCUCCACUGGUCGCGUUGGUCAAGGAAGCCGUCAGGUUGAGGAUAUUCACUUCUGAAGUUAAGCCCGGCUAUAUGCACACCGACUUCGACGAAGUAUACCUAGGCAUUGCUCUGGACCGUGACCACGCUGAGUUUGCUCAGGACGUUUCGAACAGGAAGGAGCUUGUCAGGUCCGCAGCCGAGUACUGGACAAGGACGAAGCUCUUGUUCGGCGUGCUCGCCUGA